UCUUCUGCCUAAAUGUUAAUAUUUAUCAUUUACAGCCAGCCACUGCCCACUUUCAAAGGUGAAAACAGUAAAAUUUAUGACAGGUGCGCUAUCAGUCCAGCGGAGAUAAAAGGAGGAGGUGUGCUAAGCCAUUCGCCCAGAGGUCCUGGACACCUGAGCAUCUGACAUGGGGCUGCAGCCGCGGUCCGGCGUUCUCCUUGUGGGGCUGCUGCUGGGGCAAGGGAUCACCCAAAUCUAUGUGUCUUCUGGAGAGAACACACUGGAAGGCCAGCGAUGGCCAGAGUUGCAGACUGUGAAGAAUUUUCCAUUCCUGUGCAACCCAAAGAAGUUAGGAGUGAACGUGCCUUCUGAAUCAGUGCACUCUCUGACACCUGCUGACAUCAAACUCAUAGCAGCCAUUGGCAACAUGGAAACUCUUCCAGACUCUGGGACAGUCCACCUGGAGGAGAGCGAAAGGAUUGAGAAGCCACUGUCAGCCUGCAUGGGCAUGAUGACUGUCCUUUCAGGCAUCAUCAGCCACUUCAACCCUUCUGUUCUGAUGCCCAUGUGCCCUCCUGGAAAUAGCACUGCUCCCCACAACGGUGUUGAAGACUUAUGGAUUCAGGCUGAAGAACUGGUGAGAAGCUUGAAGCAGAACCCGCAACUUGAUUUCCGCCAGGACUGGAAACUCAUCAAUGUGUUCUUCAGUAAUGCAAGCCUGUGCUACCUGUGUCCCUCUGAUCCUGAGGACGGGCCCUUGAGUGACUGGGACAAGCUGACUGGGGUGCUGCACUACCUGCACCAGGAGGUCCCCCGAGCAUUUGUGAACCUGGUGGAUCUCUCUGAGGUUGUAGCCAUGCCUCGCUGGCAUCAGGGGACUUGGCUCAGCAGGCCAGCUCCGGGGUCCUGCGGUUGCUCAGGGGAGACCUCAAAGCUGGCCACGGUUGUGAGGCAGUGGUCCUAUCUGGAAGCCUGGGACAGGCUCCUGGCCUCCAGCAGCUUCAAUGAGCAGGAGUCCUUCGCAGCGGUUUUCCAGCCUUUCUUCUACGAGGUGUCACCUCCUGGGGAAGGGCCCCAGGCCCAGGACCCUAACACACUUGCCCUGAGCCUCUGGAACAACAUGAUGAAGCCAGUGGGACAGAAAGAUGAGCCAUUCGGUGCCAUAGAGAGGAGGCUGAUAAAGUGUCCGUCUCAGGAGAGCCCCUAUCUGUUCACCUACAGGAACAGCAACUACCAGUCCAGUUUGCUAAAACCCCAGAGGCAGCCUGAGGUGAGAGAAGGAACAGAGACCAGCUGUCCUGACAAGAGUCCUUCCAACUCAAUUCCCACCUCAGUUCACAGGCUGAAGCCAGCUGACAUCAAGGUCAUUGGUGCCUUGGGAGACUCUCUCACGGCAGGUAAUGGCGCCGGAUCCAAGUCCUGGAAUCUCCUGGACGUCUUAACUCAGUACCGAGGCCUAUCCUGGAGCUGCGGCGGCGAUCAGAACAUCAGCACGGUGACCACGCUGGCCAACAUCCUCCGAGAAUUCAACCCCUCUCUGAAGGGCUUCUCCACUGGCACUGGUAAACAAAACGAUGCUGGAGCCUUCUUUAACCAGGCUGUGGCAGGAGACCGCGCUGAGGAUUUAGCUGACCAGGCCAGGAGGCUGGUGGACCUCAUGAAGAAUGACGAGAGGAUCAAUUUUCAGGAGGACUGGAAGAUAAUCACCGUGUUCAUAGGAGGCAAUGACCUCUGUGACUUCUGCAAUGACCCGGUCCGCUAUUCCCCCUCCAACUUCACGGACAACAUUAGGAAGGCUCUGGACAUCUUCCAUGCUGAGGUUCCUCGGGCAUUUGUGAACAUGGUGAAGGUGCUCCAGAUCGUUAACCUGAGGGAGUUAUACAAGUCAUAUAGGGUCAUCUGCCCACGGUUGUUCCUCAGGUCUGUGUGUCCCUGUGUCCUGAAGCCUGCUGAUAACUCAGCAGAACUUGACUCCCUCAUUGAUGUGAACAAGAAGUAUCAGGAGGGGACUGACCAACUGAUUGAGAGUGGACGAUAUGACACAAGAGAAGACUUUACAGUGGUUGUGCAGCCAUUAUUUGAAAAAGUGAACAUACCAAAGACCUCGAAGGGCUUUCCUGACAAGUCUUUCUUCGCCCCUGACUGUUUCCACUUCAGCAGCAAGACUCAUGCCCGCGCAGCUAGCGCCCUCUGGAAAAACAUGCUGGAACCCGUUGGCCAGAAGGCAACACAACAUAAUUUUGAAAUCAAGAUCGACAUCGUUUGUCCAAAUGAGGUCUCCCCGUUCCUGAGAACCUACAAGAACAGCAUAGAGAGCCAUGGGACAAGGCUGUCAUGCAAGGAGAGGACCCCUUCUGCCUCACCUCCCACUUCAGUGCAUGCCCUGAGACCUGCAGAUAUCCGCGUUGUGGCUGCUCUAGGGGAUUCUCUGACUGCCGGCAGUGGAAUCGGCUCCAAACCAGGUGACCUCCCUGAUAUCACCACACAGUAUCGGGGGCUGUCAUACAGUUCGGGUGGGGACGGCUCCCUGGAGAAUGUGACCACCUUAUCCGAUAUCCUCCUGGAGUUUAACAGAAACCUCACUGGUUACGUGGUGGGCACUGGUGAUGCCAGCGACGCAAAUGCAUUCCUCAACCAGGCUGUUCCUGGAGCGAUGGCUGAGGACCUCAUGAACCAAGUCCAGACUCUGGUGCAGAAGAUGAAAGAUGACCAUAGAAUACAUUUCCAUGAAGACUGGAAGGUCAUCACGGUGCUGAUUGGAGCCAAUGAUUUGUGUCACUACUGCACAGAUUCGAUUCUGUAUUCUGCAGACAGCUUUUUAAACCAUCUCCGCAAUGCCUUGGACUUCCUGCACAGAGAGGUGCCCAGAGCCCUGGUCAACCUCGUGGACUUCAUGAAUCCCAGUGUCAUGCGGCAGGUGUUCUUGGGGAACCCAGACAAGUGCCCAGUGCAGCAGGCCAGCACCUUGUGCAACUGUGUCCUGACCCUGAGAGAGAACUCCCACGAGCUGGCCAGGUUGGAUGCCCUCACCCAAGCCUACCAGAGCAGCAUGCACGAGCUGGUGGAGUCAGGCCGCUACGACACCCACGAGGACUUCUCGGUGGUACUGCAGCCCUUCUUCCUCAACGUCGUGCUCCCUGUCCUGGAGGAUGGGCGUCCAGAUACCUCCUUCUUUGCCCCAGACUGCAUCCACCCAAGCCAGAAAUUCCACUCCCAACUCUCUAGAGCCCUUUGGGUCAAUAUGCUGGAACCACUGGGAGAGAAAACCACUACCCUGGACCUAACAACAGACAUCCCCCUGGCCUGCCCCACUCAGGAGAAGCCCUUCCUGAGAACCCCCCAGAAUAGUAACUACACGUACCCCACCAAGCCAGCCAUUGAGAACUGGGGCAGUGACUUCUCAUGCACAGAAUGGAAUCCUUCCAAUAGUGUACCCACCUCAGUCCAUGAGCUCCGACCAGCAGACAUCAAAGUGGUUGCAGCCCUGGGUGACUCGCUGACUACAGCCAUGGGAGCUCGACCAAGCAACUCCAGUAACCUGUACAUACCCUGGAGGGGGCUCUCCUGGAGCAUUGGAGGAGACGGGGCCUUGGAGACUCACACCACACUGCCCAACAUUCUAAAGAAGUUCAACCCUUCCAUCUUUGGAUUCUCCACCGGUACCUGGGAGGAGACAAAGGGAUUCAACGUAGCAGUGGAAGGGGCCAGAGCUCGGGACAUGCCGGCCCAGGCCCGAGACCUGAUAGAGCGAAUGAAAACCAGCACUGAGAUCAACCUGGAGACAGACUGGAAGCUGGUCACACUCUUCAUUGGCAGCAACGACUUGUGUCAAUACUGCGAGAAUCCGGCGGACCACUCAGCCGAAGAGUAUGUCCAGCACAUCCAGCAGGCCCUGGACAUCCUCUAUGAGGAGCUUCCCAGGGCUUUCAUCAAUGUGGUGGAGGUCAUGGAGCUGGCCGGCCUGCACCAGGGCCAAGGCGGGCAGUGUGCUGUGCUGCUGGCGGCUCAGAGAAACUGUAGCUGCCUCAGACACUUUCCAGACUCCCCAGUGAUGCAAGAGCUGAAGAAAGUGAACUGGAACCUCCAGAGUGGCAUCUCCAGGUUGUCCUACCAGCAGAAGUACAUGCAGCGUGAGGACUUUGCAGUUGUGGUGCAGCCUUUCUUCCAGAACACCUUCAUCCCACUGAAUGAGCUCGGGAGCAGCAGCCUCACCUUCUGGUCUGAAGACUGUCUCCACUUCUCGGAACGCGGGCACGCGGAGAUGGCCAUCGCGCUCUGGAACAACAUGCUGGAACCAGUGGGCCAGAAGACGACCUUCAACAACUUCACCUACAGCCGAGCCAAACUCAAGUGCCCAUCCCCUGUGAGUAAAAGUCCUGCCAGGGUGACCACCUAAUCUCAUCACAGAGCAUUGUUGGAAUUCCGUGUACCUCGCAAGUCUUAUCUUCGUGACAGUUUCCACAUGGAUGAUAUCCUAUCACACACUGGGCACUUCUGACUUUGCUGUUUAGCUUGCCAGUAAAUACCACAGCAAAAGAAUCUCAUUUAUGGCUCUGUAUUUGUAUUCUUACCCAAGAAUCUUUUGAUUUUAGUUAAAGCAAUAACUAUUAGUUAGGACACUUCCACUGUUUUUCCAAAGCCAAGUUUUAUAGUUGGUGCUAGGGACUGAACCCAGGCCUUCACAAUGCUAAGCAACCUUGUACUCUACCACUGAGAUACACCCUCAGCCAGAAAGCAUAGUUUGUGUUAAAGUAGUAAUUUUCUCCUGAGAAUAUAUCUUCAGUGGUACAUUUUUUAAUUUAAUGGUACACAUAUACAGCAAUUCUAUGUAUAUUUCAUAACUGAAUCAAUCCCACAAAUAUCUUAGGCUGAGACAUGUUUUUAAUCUAUAUUUUGGCCAGCUGCCAAAUGCUUCAUAAUUUGGUCUAACACUUGGAAAUGUUUCCAUGUAUGUCCAACAGUGCGUGCAGGGAAAUACCUGUCCUUUUUGUUGCUAUGUGAUUUUCCUUGUUUCAUUUAAUUAUUAUGGCAUGAGGCACUUUACCACUACUAGUAAGAAACUUAAAAGGGGAGGGCAAAGGGGAAAAAAAAGAAAGCUUUUAAACAUUUGUGACACUUAUCAAGUGAAAUUUGUGAGGUUUUGAAUUUAGAACUCUAUGAUUCCAAAUAUUGCUUUUUAAAAAUGUGCUGGUUGUCAAGAUGGAUUGGGUGCUUAAUUUUUAAAUGUUUUGUUGGUUCAUACAUGCCUUCUUAUUACCAGCUUACAUCUAAAGGCACCAGCUAUGUGUAGGGAAGGGCUGGGUAGUACCAGGAGGAAUGGGUAUCACUCAUAUUCAAUUCAGACUUCUGGGGAAGUCCGAUGUGUCUUCCUAUCAGCUCUGAUGAGAUCAUCAUUGUAUUUAUUUUAUACCAUGGCUAGGAAGAGUCCUUUCUAUCAGAGGUCUGCCAGCUCUGCUAUUUGCCUCUUUGCUUUAAUUUAUCUAACAACUUGUCAGACAGAUUUCAAAUUCUGUUUCUGUUACUUGUUAGUUCCAUGACUUUUGGGGACACUCAAUGCAGCACAUUAAGAGAGAAAACUGCCCAUCUGGUAUUCUGUGUGACAUAGGCAUGCCAUUGCCAGGGUCUAGGCACAAAUAAAAUAUUAGGAAGGCAAAAUUCUUCCUUUUAGGUGAAAAAAAAAUGUGUGUAAGUAGUAAUAUUUAGUAUUUUACUCCACCCUAAUGGAUCCUGCUUCAGAUUAGGGUUGGUCCUCAACUGAAUUGGAUCAUGCCCCAGGGAGCAGUUUAUGGCAUCCCUACAACCCAUCCCUACACUAGCAACCCAUGGGGCUCUUCCAAGUGACAGAGGGCAGUUCUCAGUUAAAGCUGUUUGCUGGACUCAGAAUGACUGUGGGAUUGUCCCUGGAGGAAGGGAGAGGGUGUCCUCUGUCCUGGGUAGUGGCCACACACAUUUGAGAACUUAUGGGCUGGACAGAGAAACAAACAUAUAAGCAAAUGCAGUGGGCACUGUGAUACAGGUGCACAGAAGGAGUUGUGUAAGACAGGAGGAGAGACUCUGGAAAACUCAGGGAACAGGCUGUGGACAUUGGGGCUGGGGUUGAAGAGAGGCUGCAUUUCAGUGGGAGGAAAACUAAUCACAGCAGCCUUCACCUUGCAUGGAGUGGUGUGAUGAACAGGAAACUGUUUGGGAAUAUAGAGGUGGUCAGAGCCGAUCAGAAGGUGCAAGAGAGCAGCUGGUUCCUACUAAGGACCUGGUAUAUGCCCUCCUCACAAAGGGGUGGGAGGAGCACAAGUUUGAGCCUAGCCUGGGCAAUCUAGCAACUUUCAAAAAGAAAGCAAUAAAAGGGCCAAGAAUGUGGCAAAGUGCAAAGAUCUUGGUUCAAUCCAAGGUCACACACACACACACACACACACACACACAAGAACUGGGAUGUUUUAUUUAAUUGGUGAGAUGCUAUGUCUCCUACAAUGUCAUCUUCCUUAAGACUUAGGUCUGGGAAACCAUGAAGAAACUUACAAGCUAUGCUGAAGAAUUAGACUUCACCCAGGAAGUAUUUCACUGUGUCUUAUAGACAAUAGGGAUUGUUUUAAGUGGAGGCAUUGCAUGACCAAGGAUUGAGGAUACACUCAAGUGUAGUCCAAGUUCCACUGACAUCAGAUCACUUGGAGAGCUUGUUAAAAAGAUUACAGGGCCCUUCCCCCAUCUUCAAAGCCUGAACUUCUCGGGGUGUACACAGACAGCAAUUUGUGUUUCCACAAACUUUCAAGCUAAAUAUUUUCCUACAGUAAUCAUGCCACUGCCUCAUUCCCAAACGAUCCAGGAAUACAUUCAAAUCCGAGAACAUUAAAAUUGAGCUUGGAGUCUUCAGAAACUUUACACACUAGGCUGCAGGGGCAGUCACCUUAGGGACACCAACUCAUCCUGACCCCUCUUGUGAGCAAACCUUCCAGUGGGAGCCCAAGCCAGGAACAAUGGCAAAGAUGUCACCCACCCUGGCCUCUCCAAGUGCCCAGUGGACAGCCUGCUGGAGCAACACCCUCUGUUGCCUGGAACCAAAUACUUUUUUAGCCUUCCAGAUCUAACUUCAGAGAGCACCUUCUCCUUCAUUCUUCUUCACUUCUCCCAGUCAGGACCUCGGCUCCUUUCCAGGCCUGGAAUUUACUUACUACCUUGACUGCACGUGAAUAGCUUAAUUAAACUGCAUAUGCUGUUGUCUUGUUCCCUGAUAGCUCUGUGCGACUUCCUUCUCUAAUUUCUCUGAGUGGACAGUUUUUACUGCUGUGCUCACAGGGUAGCGGUGCCAUAUUGAUGGACUUUACCUCUGCCCUAAACAAACUCAAUCCCUUGUCCCCUCUAAAAUACUGCAGCUGUAAACGAACCAAGCCCUCUUACAGAUAGCUUCUCACUUACCUUGCCUAAGUCCAAAUGGUUUACACAUGUUUUAUGCCCACAAAAAAAAAAAAAAAAAAA